GGUGAAACUUAAUCUUAUCACUUCACUCUAAAUAAUAUCAAGACUCGAGCAAACCACAGUUCACAUGUAUGGUGAAACUUAAUCUUAUCACUUCACUCUAUAAAUAGAUCAGGAUUAUAAGCCCACUCCAAUAGAAUGUGCCAAUAAAAAAAACCGAGUGAGGGAAAAAAAACACUGAGGGAAAUAAAACACAAGAAAAACAAUUCCAAGUUUGAAGAAAAAUGGCAAUAUUACCUAGGUUUAUAACAUUGAUGCAUAACUCAUGGUUCUUCCAAUAUGAAACGGAAACAGGGCAACAUCACGCGGUCGUGCGAGCUAGAUCUAAUACGAUAAUUAGUGAGAACAACUUCACCAAGUUUGAAGUGGUGAGUUCAAGUGUUCGGGGUAUGGUCCACAUCCGAACAUGCUACAAUAACAGAUACUGGCAGCUCAAGUCAACCGGAAAUCAUCUUUACGCCAUUGCUGACGAGCCCGAGGAAGACCGUUCCAAACGGUCGUGCACUUUGUUCAGGUUUGUCAUCUCCGGCGACAGAGUAACCUUCUUCCACCAGUUCAGUAAUACUGAGCGGCAUGUGGUAGUUUAUGAAGGUGGUUUCGUCGGACCACUCUGGGCGAAUAUUCCAGGAGGGCAUAGAUUUAGAUUUAGGGACAUGACAAGCCUUGUAAUCUUGCCGAAGCAUGUACUAUUCAAAGGGGACAAUGGGAACUACUUAAGAGCACGGAAAGGUGGAUGGCUCGAGUUUGUUGCCAAUGAUCCAACGGAUUGGAGAGUGCACCACAUUUCAACUCUUGUACCUAAUACUGGUGAUGUUCGCCUGCUGUCGCCCAGAUUCAAUUUGUACUGGCAAAGGAUAAGCAAUGACUGGCUUAGGUGUGACGCCGGCGAAACCGGUCAGCAAAACCUCCUCAACUCCAUUUUCCGCCCGGUGAGGCAGACUAGUAGUAGCCAAGGUACCACUAUAGCUCUCUUGAACACGACUAACAACAGGUACUGUCAGAGAUGGACCAGUGGGGGAAACGCUGGUCGUAUUAGAGCUUCCGCCUUGAACAUCCCAUCUAAUGCCUUGCUUACGGUGGAGGAGGCAGUCCGGGAUCGAGAAAUCUCUAACAUCAGGUAUCAUAUAGAGGAUGCGCGCACCUAUGAUAUGAUUCCUAUAAGAUCCGUGCCCCAAAUUGUGUAUAACUAUGGCCAUAGUGAGGCCAUAACGAAGGUGGGAUUCUCCUACUUGGAGGUGAUGGAGGACAUGUUCAGCUCGUCACAUUCGUGGAAACUAUCUGUCACCACUACCGUCAAGGUCAGAUUUAUCCCAAAAAUAGUUGAAGGAAAACUGACUGCAAAUGCAUCUUACUCAGGUGAGGUUAAAUGGUCCAAGAAAAACAGAAGCGAGGAAAGAAUAACUAGUUCCACCAAUGCUCCAGUACCGGCAAGAAGUAUUACGAGGGUGACCUUGGUCGUUGCACAGGGUUCCAUGGACGUCCCCUACUCUUACAAACAACGUGACGUCCUUAUGGAUGGCAGCCUUGACAUUAAGGAUAUGCAUGAUGGCCUUUUCUCAGGUCUCAACACCUUUGAAUUACAAUAUAUUAUCAGUGAACCUCAAAGCCUACCUCCAAAUGCUAACCCGCCACCAGGCCAGGAUAACAUUGUCAUCGUGCCAGGUGAAUCCACGGACCUCCCUAGAAUGGCUAUCCCGCGUACAUUUGUAGUGGAUGAAUUUAAAGUGGAAGGAAAAGAUCAAGGAGAACAGGAGGAACCAAUUCGAAUGGAAGAAGACGAUCAGGGGGGAGAGGAGGAACUAGUUCCCCUGCCAUCUAAGCUUUGACUAUAUAUUUUUUAAAAUAUUGUCAUGGAUGAAUAAUAAUGUGUGUGUUUUCCUAUCACACACGUAAUGUGUUUUUACUAUGAUCCAUGUAGCCAUGGUACGUUUUCUCUUAUUCCUAGUUUUUUUAAGACUCAUUUAUGUAGUUUCCUAGCUUGUUUUGUUAGGUGUGCUAUGUAAAAUAUAUGAGUGUGAGUUGUUUUCUGUAAGUCCAUCACGGUGACUUCGUUACUUUGUAUAUUUUAAUUCUUCUAGUAGAUUAUGCAUGAGGCAUAUAUCCCUUGCCUAUUGGAAAUAAAGCCGACAUCUUCUUCUA